AUGAAGGCCUUGAGAAAGUCUCUCAACGCAAGCAAGGAGACCCCUCAUCAUCAAAUAUCCACCCCUCUACCCUCCGUAUCCAAGCCUCCCGCCGCCAUUAUUCCUCCGCAGAAAGUCAUCCGAGCACUUGAUUCCUAUCGCUCCAGAGCGCCUCAACAGUUAUCUUUUCAAAAAGGCGACUUCUUCUACGUUAUUCGCCCGGUUGAAGAUCAGGGCUCAUGGUACGAAGCACAUAACCCUAUGACGGGGGCUCGAGGGCUGGUCCCGAAGGCCAUGUUCGAGGAGUUUCGCAAAGGGGAAGCCGCCACUUCACGGAAUUCACAGGCGCUUAACUCUGCACCAAUCAGUCCUCCUUUCAUGGGACCCUCGAAGAUUCAAGUCUACUAUGCGGUGGUCAUGCACGACUUUGUUGCGGAGCGCACGGACGAACUCGACGCCAAGGCUGGCGAUCCCAUCUCUGUCGUCGCGCAAUCCAAUCGCGAAUGGUUCGUGGCCAAGCCUAUCGGCCGUCUGGGAAAGCCAGGCCUUAUACCAGUCUCAUUUGUGCAAGUUCGCGAUCCCACGAAUAAUCGGCCCAUUGAGGAUGUGGGCAAGUUGAUAGACAGUGGCAGCCUUCCUCGCGUUGAGGAAUGGAAGAAACAGAUGCUCAACUACAAGGCUAACAGCAUUACGCUAGGUAUUCUAGACGAUGUAGCAUCACCCAACCCUGUCAUGAACAGUCCAUUCAUGCCGGCGUCUGGUGCGACUCCGCCACCUGCCACCACCAAGCCUGACAUCGCCAUCCAAGAGCCAUCGCCUCUUUCAGACCAGCAAGCCUCCACCGGUCUCUCGCAGGUUCCAGACGAGCUACCGGAGGGUCUCCUCCUUGACGCAGAAGUGGUCUCUUUCCACGCUGAAUUGGACGAGUACUGGUACCGCGUACAUGCGCUGUAUCAGCCCUACAGCCCCAUGGGAUCCAACUCUCUUCCUCUUGCCAAGGAACUCGUUCUCUUCCGCGCCUAUAACGACUUUUUUGAAUACCAAACUUCGCUCCUCGAGGUGUUUCCCCGUGAAGGAGGCAAAGAACAGCUACAUCCUAGGAUUAUUCCCUACAUGCCUGGACCGCCGAAUGAGCUCAACGACAAAGUUGCGGCAGAUACGCGGGAUGAUCUAAGAUUCUACUUGACAUCGCUAUCUCAUUUGAAUCGGACGACGGCUCGGUAUAUCCUCGAGCACUCCUUGACGCGCGCUUUUCUCGCUCUCAAGCCGGGAGAUGUUGAAAAUGAUGUUGAACCUCAGUAUGAGAAGAUGGAGAAGGCAGGCUGGUAUGAGCCGAUGGAGGAGCCAGUGAUUGUGGAACGCACUGAUUUACAGCCUGAUGAUGAUGUUCAAGUGAGUAUGGGCAAUUUGACGAUAAACGGGGGGCGUCGUGUAGAUAGCGAUGGUUCCGAGUACGGUGACGAACCAGACGGUCACCUGUAUGGACAAAACCCGACCAACGGAGCGCGUACGGGUCUCGAUCAACGGCUUCGACAAUCCAAAGGAGAUCCGGGGUAUACCGUAUAUGGCCACGAACGCAGUGGCUCCUCAUCAUCUGCUGCUCGCGGAACAUCCCCAGACCCACAUGCCCGUUUGCGCGGUCACGCGCCAUCUCACUCGUACUCGAACAGUCUCUCUCCACUUGACACUGAUCCACACCGCAACAGUACGCACUCUCGUUCGUCUACGUCUUCUUCAUCUCGUUGGCCAGAGAAUUCACACUCCUCUCACAACACUCAAGCUACAUCGCCUACCUCUCAGUCGCAUUCGUCGGUUCAUGGCUCCUCCCGCUCACACUCGCUUGCCUCGCCAAACAACCCACAUAUUUCGGCGAACAACUCACAGACAGCAUUCAUCAAAAUAAAGAUCUUUGAUCGCAUCUCGAAUGACUUGAUUGCGAUCCGUGUACACCCGCUUGUGACACAUGAACAGCUCAUGGACAAGGUACAAACACAUCUUGGCGGGCAGGUUGGAAAACUAUCAUACCGCGACAGCGUCGGCGGGCGAAGCGAUGGUUUUAUCGCGCUGGAGCAAGAUGAUGAUCUACGAUCCUGGUUGGAGAGCACGGAGAAACAUGUGUUGUACGCUGAUUGAGCUCAGCGGUUACACCGAGAUUGAGAGUGCGACAAGCUUGUCAUUGCAUCAUGAUGAAAUCGUGUUUUCACGUACGUGUUGUGUUACCAGUAUCUCGCCUUUGACUACGUUCAGACGCGGUGUUUUGAAUAUUUUCCUAUUCUUUUUAUUAUCUUUCGUGUUCUGUUUUUCUGUCUUCCUCUCUCGCUACCAUUUUCUUUCGGCCUUGCACUCUGGAUUGUAGGCUAAGUUUAUCUUCGUUCGUCUUCGCCUGUUCCGUAUUUGACUUCGUUCUGUUCGUCCUACUUUAUUGUUGCAUUGUACGUUUUACACACAGGUUCCCACCCGCCGCGCCUUCUGAUACGAUUUCUAGCCGUGCUACGGACGUGUAAUCUAUGCAAACGUGUAAUAGACUGUGUCUUCAGGAUG